UUCAGCAAAGAUGUGAACUUCGAUGAGUUGGCCCGUUGUACCGAUGACUUCAAUGGUGCCCAGUGUAAAGCGGUGUGUGUUGAAGCGGGUAUGAUCGCCUUGCGACGUGAUGCCACGGAAGUUGUUCAUGAAGAUUUCAUGGAUGCCAUUCUGGAGGUGCAAGCGAAAAAGAAAGCCAGUCUCAAUUAUUACGCAUGA